GGAGAAAACGCGUGUCAACUAGCUCGCGGCCAGUGAUGCAGAAAUGGUGUCACCCCGUGCGUGCGUUCCUUAAAGUGUGGACACGCUAGUGAGGGAUGAAGAAAUGGUGUCACCCGGUGCGUGCGUUCCUUAAAGUGUGCUGCACGCCAGUGGCGAGGUAGCCCGAGUGGCCGCGGAGCAGUCUCUCAGCGAGCGGGCUUCUCUGGCGUGUGGACCGACUCAGCUGGGAUCUGCGCACCCGACUGCCUCGUGUAUCCUCGAGGAGGGCCGGACACCUGUAAACAGCCAGCCCAAGCUACCCCAGCUAUUGCAGGACCCUUGAGACUGUUGUAAGACGUGUUCCCUGGAGGACCUGAGAUGGGGUAAUAAGUGAGGACUCUUGGGCAAGUGACCCGGUUUAUGUUUGUAGUGGUUCUGGAAUUCAGCUUCUGAAAAGCCAAUAUUUCUCAAACUCUGAGGCUUGCAGAAUUCACAAAUUGAGAUCUGACAUCACUUUGAGAAAGAGACUUCAGUAAUGUACUUAGCCUAGGUAGCAAAUAUUUGACUACUUUGACCUAAUGGAGUGAAAGAAGAAAUAAAGAAUACAAAUUGAUUGGGCAAAGAUUGAAAGGGAGAAAAAGAAAUCAGUCUCCAUUAGUGCUGACUGGAUGUAACCUUCUGUAAUGGAAAAUGAUUGAAGACAAGGGCCCUCGUGUUGCUGACUACUUUGUUGUAGCAGGAUUAACUGAUGUUUCAAAACCUCUUGAAGAAGAAAUUCACUUCAAUGAUGCUUGUCAUAAAGUAGCUAAACCAAAAGAGCCUAUCACAGAUGUUGCUGUUAUUAUUAAGUCUCUUGGGGAGGAAGUGCCGAGGGAUUAUGUUUGUAUUGAUGUUACUCCAACGGGAUUAUCAGCUGAUCUCAACAAUGGAAGUCUUGUGGGGCCGCAGAUUUACCUCUGCUACCGAAGAGGGAGAGAUAAACCUCCACUUACAGAUCUGGGGGUUUUAUAUGAAUGGAAAGAAAGAUUGAAACAGGGGUGUGAAAUUAUUCAGAGUACUCCCUAUGGGCGCCCUGCAAACAUUAGUGGCAAUACCUCAUCACAAAGAGUUUAUGUUACUUACCGGAGAGCCUCUGAAAACAUGACUCAGAAUACCCUGGCUGUCACAGAUGUGUGUAUCAUUAUACCCAGCAAAGGAGAAAGCCCACCACACACAUUCUGCAAAGUUGACAGGAAUCUUAAUAACAGCAUGUGGGGAUCAGCAGUAUAUUUAUGUUAUAAAAAAUCGGUGGCAAAGACGAACACUAUAUCUUACAAAGCUGGUCUAAUUUGUAGAUAUCCUCAAGAAGAUUAUGAAUCAUUCUCACUACCAGAAUCUGUUCCUCUAUUUUGUUUACCAAUGGGUGCAACCAUUGAAUGUUGGCCACCAAAUAGCAAAUAUCCUCUCCCUGUAUUUUCUACAUUUGUGUUAACUGGAGCCUCAGCUGAAAAGGUCUAUGGUGCUGCUAUUCAGUUUUAUGAACCAUACUCUGAGGAGAAUCUCACAGAAAAACAGAGACUUCUUCUGGGUUUAAUGCCAUCAGCAGAUGGGAAGUCUGACAGUUCCAAAACAAUUCAUACUAACAAAUGCAUCUGUCUCCUUUCUCACUGGCCUUUUUUUGAUGCAUUCAGGAAGUUUCUGACUUUUCUGUAUCGUUAUUCCAUCUCUGGGCCUCACGUCCUUCCAAUUGAGAAGCAUAUUUCUCAUUUUAUGCAUAAAGUUCCUUUUCCAUCUCCUCAGAGACCACGGAUUUUGGUUCAGUUAUCACCACAUGAUAAUCUGAUUCUCAGCCAGCCUGUUUCUUCACCUCUUCCACUAAGUGGUGGUAAGUUUUCAACACUACUUCAGAAUUUAGGCCCUGAAAAUGCCGUGACACUACUGGUAUUUGCAGUAACAGAACAUAAAAUUCUCAUCCAUUCCUUACGGCCUUCCGUGCUUACUAGUGUGACAGAAGCAUUAGUGUCUAUGAUCUUCCCUUUCCACUGGCCAUGCCCGUAUGUCCCUCUCUGCCCGCUGGCACUGGCAGAUGUCUUGAGCGCACCUUGUCCAUUCAUCGUGGGAAUUGAUUCGCGAUACUUUGAUCUCUAUGAUCCUCCACCAGAUGUCAGUUGUGUUGACCUAGAUACCAACACGAUUUCUCAAACUGGUGACAAGAAAAAUGUAGCCUGGAAGAUACUUCCAAAGAAGCCGUGUAAAAAUCUGAUGAACACGUUGAAUAAUUUACACCAGCAAUUGGCAAGAUUGCAGCAGAGACCAAGAGAUGAUGGACUAAUGGACUUAGCAAUGAAUGACUAUGACUUCAAUUCUGGAAAGAGGUUGCACAUGAUAGAUUUGGAAAUUCAAGAGGCGUUUUUGUUUUUUAUGGCCUCUAUUUUAAAAGGUUAUAGAUCAUACUUAAGGCCAAUAACACAAGCUCCAUCUGAGACAGCCACAGAUGCAGCCUCUCUUUUUGCCUUACAGGCUUUCCUAAGAAGCCGGGAUCGGUCACAUCAAAAAUUCUAUAACAUGAUGACCAAAACACAAAUGUUUAUUCGCUUCAUUGAAGAAUGUUCUUUUGUCAGUGACAAAGAUGCAAGCCUGGCAUUUUUUGAUGAUUGUGUAGAUAAAGUGGACAUGGACAGGAGCAGUGAAGUGCGACUCAUAGAGCUGGAUGAAUCUUUCAAAAGUGAACAUACUGUUUUUGUAACACCGCCUGAGAUCCCUUAUCUGCCUAGUGGUGAAGAGCCCCCUUUACAGUACAGCUAUAAUGGAUUUCCAGUUCUUAAGAACAAUUUAUUUGAGAGACCUGAAGGACUUCUACAAGCACGAAAGAGCAAAUUGCCUUCAAAAUCAAGUAGUCCUAGUAGCCCUUCUCCCAUGUUCAGAAGAACAAAACAGGAAAUUAAAUCAGCCCAUAAAAUUGCAAAGAGGUAUUCUUCCAUCCCCCAGCUGUGGUCUCGGUGUCUGCUGCGUCACUGUUAUGGACUGUGGUUUAUUUGUCUCCCAGCUUAUGUGAAAGUGUGUCAUUCAAAAGUCAGAGCGCUGAAAACAGCAUAUGACGUGCUAAAAAAAAUGCAAUCAAAGAAGAUGGAUCCACCUGACGAGGUGUGCUACCGCAUUCUCAUGCAGCUGUGUGGGCAGUAUGACCAGCCAGUGCUUGCUGUUCGAGUGCUUUUUGAAAUGCAGAAGGCCGGUGUUGACCCCAAUGCCAUUACUUAUGGUUAUUAUAAUAAGGCUGUUUUGGAAAGUACCUGGCCUUCAAGAAGCCGCAGUGGCUAUUUUCUUUGGACAAAAGUAAGAAAUGUUGUUUUAGGAGUGGCACAGUUCAGAAGAGUUUUAAAGAAACAUGCACACUCAUCACAGACAGCUCUCUCAGCAGAUGGCAGUGAUCUGGAUGCUGUUAGUCAUGGCAGCAUGGACAGUGGUCAUGGGACUCACACUGUGGAGAGGGCACCUGUUAACAUGGGUACUAUCAGAGCAUAUGCUGCUGAAGAUAGAGCUAGCACAGGUGGCCAGUCCGAUCUUGGAUAUAAUUCACUUUCUAAGGAUGAAGUUAGAAGAGGGGAUACAUCUACUGAGGACAUUCAAGAAGAAAAAGAUAAAAAAGGGAGUGACUCUAGCUCAUGUAUGUAUUAAGUAGAUAUUGUAUGAAGUUGUAAAGGAGUGAUUCAAGCACCUGUGGAUAUUAGGGUAAUAUUAUAUGAAACUGUAAACUAUGUUAGUGUUAUGUUACUGGUUGGUGUUAACACUGCAUCAUGGGAGGGGUCAUCCUCCUUGUGACUACCCCCAGGUGGGAGGGUCCCAGUGUCAGGCUGUUUUAAGAUUAGCCCGUGGGAUUUCUAAGCAAGGAUAAGUACCUUGGCUCGUAGAAGUUGAAUCAAGGGGAGUGCACAUCUGUGAAACUGCCAUAAAAAGAUUGAAAGCUGUAUGUAUUUAAUGGUUGCCAGUGUUGGUCUAUAUGCUGUCCAUAUUCUCUUUAGAGAUUUUGCUCAAUAAAUUUUAGUUACUCAGUACAAAAUAAAAUUGUGGACAUAUAUUCACAGAAAAUA